AUGCGAACUUCGUGGGCAGAUUUGGCUGCAAGCUCGGCUGCUGAGAAUGUAGCUGCUGGGUCCGCUAACAAUUGUAGUUCUGGAACUACUUCAGCACCUGGCCGACCGGCCUAUGUUCCACCACAUCUGCGGAAUCGCCCAGCGUCUUCCGAUCCGCCUGCUGCAGCACAUAGUGGGCCUGCUGUGGGAAAUGAUCGUUCUGGACAUGUAGGGUCCCGCUGGGGUGGUGGUCCGAGAAAUGAUUAUAAUCGUUCUGGUUAUAGUGGUGGUGGUAGUCGUGGAGGUGGAUGGGGGGGAAGUAGAGGAGGUGGAUGGGACCGGGGGAGGGGGGAUCGUGAAGUGAACCCAUUUGGAGAUGAAGAUGAUACAGAGGAAGCAUUUGGAGAGCAAGAAAAUACUGGUAUAAAUUUUGAUGCUUACGAAGAUAUUCCUGUGGAAACAAGUGGUGAAAAUGUACCUCCUCCGGUAAAUACAUUUGCCGAAAUUGAUUUGGGUGAAGCACUCAAUCAAAACAUUCGGCGGUGUAAGUAUGUAAAACCAACUCCCGUUCAGCGGCAUGCUAUUCCUAUCUCCCUUGCUGGGAGAGACUUGAUGGCUUGUGCUCAGACUGGAUCUGGAAAGACUGCUGCUUUUUGUUUCCCCAUUAUCAGUGGCAUAAUGAAGGGCCAGAGUAUGCCAAGACCAGCUCGAGGUGCACGCACAGUGUACCCACUUGCUCUUAUUCUCUCCCCAACUAGGGAGCUUUCAAUGCAAAUACAUGAAGAAGCAAGGAAAUUCUCUUAUCAAACGGGGGUCAGAGUGGUGGUUGCUUAUGGAGGUGCACCAAUCAACCUACAGCUACGUGAUCUAGAAAGAGGUGUCGAUAUUCUUGUUGCAACUCCGGGAAGAUUAGUAGAUUUGCUUGAAAGGGCUAAAGUUUCACUGCAGAUGAUAAGAUACUUGGCCCUUGAUGAAGCAGACCGCAUGUUAGAUAUGGGAUUUGAGCCCCAAAUUAGGAAAAUAGUAGAACAAAUGGACAUGCCUCCACCUGGUGCAAGGCAGACUAUGCUGUUCAGUGCGACUUUUCCAAGGGAGAUUCAGAGACUUGCCUCUGAUUUUCUAUCAAGUUAUAUAUUUCUGGCUGUUGGAAGAGUGGGUUCAAGUACUGAUCUAAUUUCUCAAAGAGUUGAGCUUGUUUCUGAAUCUGAUAAGAGAAGUCAUUUAUUGGACCUUCUUCAUGCACAGAGGGCAAAUGGUGUGCAAGGCAAGCAAUCUCUUACUUUGGUUUUUGUGGAGACAAAGAAGGGAGCUGAUGCUCUUGAACAUUGGUUAUGCCUUAAUGGUUUUCCUGCCACUACCAUUCACGGUGAUAGAACACAACAGGAAAGAGAACAAGCAUUGAGGUCGUUUAGAAGUGGUAACACACCGAUUUUGGUGGCAACUGAUGUAGCUGCCCGUGGGCUUGACAUUCCUCAUGUUGCACAUGUGGUGAACUUCGAUCUCCCUAAUGACAUUGAUGAUUAUGUUCACAGAAUUGGACGAACGGGAAGAGCUGGGAAGACUGGUUUAGCAACUGCCUUUUUUAACGAGAACAAUACAUCCAUAGCAAGGUCCUUGGCUGAUCUGAUGCGAGAAUCUAAUCAAGAAGUUCCUGAUUUUCUAUUACGAUUUGCUGCCAGAUCCACAUACAGUGGAGGGAGAAACCGUCGUUCUGGGGGAGGCCGAUUUGGUAGCCGUGACUAUAGAAGGGAAUCUUCUUUCAACAGAGGUGGUUCUGAUUAUUAUAGUGGAGGCAACAACAGUGGGGGCGGUUAUGGUGGUGGUUCCGGUGGAUAUGGAGGAGGAGGAUAUGGUGGUUCAGGGGUGACUAGUGCAUGGGACUAACGUGUACUUUUUAAAAUUAUUUACAGUGUUUAGGUGAUGGGUAGAGGAACCCGUUUCUGCCUGAAUAGAGUAUUGUUUUUUUUUCUUCGACUAUUGGUGUUAAAAAAGUGAUUAUUGUCAAAACUUAUUGUCAUUAUGGGGGAAAAGGAGAAAACGUUGACCAUUUUGGGGCCCAUUAGGAAUGUAGAGUUGUGUGCAGUGUUUCUUAGGUGUUGGUUAAAAUGGUACUAACAAAGUAGGAUCACUUUGUUCUUUUUGCUCCGUCUCCUAUCGGUUUGGAUGAUAUGGUGGGUGAAGAGAUCUCGGGGCUUUACCAUUCGGCUGCUUUUGUGUUUUCCAUCAAUUAGGCCAAGUUCUUUUAAACCCAGUUUGCUUGCUAGGCUAUUCCUCGAGCUUCUUGGGCAAUCUUCUUCCCCUUUCUGAAGAAUUUCAUAGUUUCUGUAAUAUUUUGUUAUUGACCCGAAAUAAGUUGGAAACCUUCUGUUAGGGCGUUAUGAUUUCAGUACGUAGAAACCAGGUUUUGUUGGGUUAAAUUUUCUAUCACAUACUUCAAAGAAUGAAAAACUGUUGUACACACUUUAGCUUUUUAAUAUUUCCCAGUUUUGUCACUUUA